GGAACAUCUACAACACUUACACCAUCUACAUACAACCUCCAGUUUACUUGUGUUUGGCCUAAAUUUAUCCCUUCCUGUUUCCGGGCUAGCCGCAGCUCCAAUUUAACCGCGUAUGAAAGUGGGCCAAUCUCUCGAAAUAUGGCCGACUCCCCCGCCGUAUCCAUCCCUCUAGAUCCUCAAGAACAACCUAUCCUAGACCAGCUCCUUGUAAUUCGAGACGCCCUCUUGCUCCUCAAACAAGAUAAAUCGAGGUACAUCAAGUCCCAAGAUGUGCUCCACUAUCAUGACCAGGUCGUCGAACAAGUCCAGAGGCUGAACGCCAUCCGAACGGAACAUACAGUAGAGCAUAGUCGAGUCCUCAUGCCGCAGUUGAUAAUGUGCUUGACGAUUGUUUCCAGCUGAUUUCGUUGCUAUUUCUUACCGUUGGGAGGAACAAUGAAGCCCCCGCAGCAUAUGCCAUGGCUUCAACAAUUAAGCGCCUCCUCGACCAUCUAAGGGAAGCGGCAUUUUAUAGCCAGAAGGACUUGGAUUCGGUCUCGAAAACCUUGGAUACCAUGCAGGAGAACAUUAAUAGAGGAAAAGAGACAUGUUCACCGGAUAUAUUGAAGCUUUUGGAGGUUCGUUUAGAAACAUGUCGGAAACAAUUAGCUGAACUGCAGCAUGAGCUUUCGUUCUUGUCGCCCGAGCUCGCCCCGACUCAUGAGACACUCGUCUCCAUUUUACGUUCUACAUCGGCUGCAAAUACAAGGUCAAAGUUUUCUGCCUCUGAGGUCGCGAGCUUCCGAGAGCAACUCAAAGCUAUACAGGAUUCAAUGAAAGGCGGUAAUUUUGUGGGACCUGAUGGCUCGAUCCCUGAAGGCCAAGAAAUCGUUAAAGCUUUGUUAGAUAGAUGUUGGAAAUGGUCGGAAAUUGUGCUCGAAAGGCAUGGCCAAAUCGACGAACGGUUCAAAGACCCAUAUAUCAAACUUCUGGAGAUUCGCAACCAGCUAGAUCGCCUUGUCAUGACCCAGGCUUGGUCGCUAAGAGAAACAGAUUUAUUUAUGUAUCAGAGAAAGCUUAACAAUAUUGACGAAUCCCGGGUUGAUGGGAAUUUCUUGGAUAGCGAUGGGAAACCGGCCGAUAUUCACGCUCAAAGGACACUUCUUUAUCUGAUUCGAAGGAGCUAUGCCAUAAUAUACGGUUUGCUUAUCUCGUCUGAGCCUGUCUCGGAAGCGCUCCUACCAAUAUAUAACCAACUUCAGACAUUGAGGAAAUGCUUAAUUGAAGUUAAGGAGUCGGGCGGGGUUUCCAAUUCCAGGGAACUCUAUCCAUAUAGUAUGAAGCUCAACUCCAUCGAUAAUAUGAGAGUUGAUGGUAAGUUUUAUGUUGGGAAUGACUUACCCGAAGGUCAAGGGAGUGUCAACGAACUUCUUGCACAAUGUUAUGAUCUCUGCUACGAGCUUAGGGCAGACACGGAAGAGAGUAGAGACAGCAAAUGAGAAGAUAGCAUUAAUUUAUGAACGGUUUCUUUGGUUGGCAUUUAAAUAAUGAUCUUUUUUCCACCUUUCCUAUGAUAUUUCAUACCCGUCUUUCUUUCCUUCUUCAUAUCAGGCUCGCGUUCAGCUUUUCUUUGGCUUUUUUGGGACGAUCUCUCUACUGAGGUUUGUUGAUGGUACAAUUUAACUUUCUCAACCUUGUACAAUGGGAGUUGUAUCAUAAUCUCUGUCUACCAGCUAUCGAAUGCUAUGUAUCUAUUAAUUGAGUGACAGCCACCUUCCGAUGUUAUUCCCCACAAAAUUAGACCCGAAAUCGGCCUUAGUCAGCCGCAGUCAGCCAAUCAGCAUUCUCCUGAA